AUGUUUUACUUGCCGGAAGAAGAAGCGGACCGCCUCUGCCGGGAAGCUGGUGUUGUGCCCCCGUCACCUCCAGCCUAUGAUGUUGCCCAGACCAAGGGCAAACGAAAGGCCGGAGAUGAAUCCGUAGGAGUGGAUCUCCUAGAUUCAGAGGACGAGACAGCUCUGAUAGAGUUGACCAAGGCCACCGAGGAGGCUUGGAAUACCCCUAGGCAUCCUCGGCCUAGCAUUCUGUAUAACAACCUGCCCACACCCAAUACAUCGACCACAAGACAGCCUAAUACAAAACGAAUCAAGACGUUCCAUGAGCAGGCUCUGCCAUCUACUCCGACGCCAAUCCGCAGCCGUGAUCCAUUGUUGCCUGCCCAACACCAAGUACGUGCCAGUCCCCGACCCGAAGAUGAUGAUGCUGCGAUUACCUUUGAGAUACUGCAGGACCUCAAGCCAAGCAUCCAACGAAUUGACCCUGGGGUGCUGGAGAAGAUCCGCUUUCGUCUCAACCAGUUUGAGGCAAAACAGAACGGAAUUAAGAAGAGUUUGGCUUGGGCGAGAGACGCCGUGAAGAUGAGAGACAGGCAGAUAAACGGGCUCAAGCUUGACAAUGGCAGGUUACUAGAAGAAAAUUUGAGACUAAGGGACCAAUAUUUGGGGUUGCGAGAAGAAGUUGACCGGUUAAGGAAGGAUAGAGAGGUGCUAGAAGCCUUGAAGCGCUCCUAUCCAAGUAUUGUAAGGGAGUUGGGUGGUUAA